AGGCUGUUUACUUCAAAAUAAGAGUCCUCUUCCCCAGCGCGCAGUGUGCAGGCACACGUUUUCCUGUAUUUUAUUUCGAAAGCGGAAGUGCGUCGUGUUGUACCUUCUAAAAAGCGAUAAAACGGGCUAGUUUUUGGUAGAAAAAUGUCAGAAUGUUAGGCUCGUCGGCACUCGGGGGGACGUGACGGUAGCGAGCGUUGCUUAGCUCCCGAAUGUAAACCGGAAGGUUGCGAGGGGGGUCUCCUGCUCUCCUUCCCUUGUGCCCCGCUUGUUUAUUAGUAGGCGGGGGAGUUGUUUGACACUUUGACGCGCGGAGGGGGUCGCGGAAUGUCCAAAGUGUUCGGCUAACGUCAACUCCUGCGAACCUGCUGCUGCUGCUCCAUCACCUCGCCGUCAAAAGAGGAGCGGCCGAUUCCGAACUCGCAAAGCCAAACCAGAUCAACCAGCAGCACAGGUGGACGCAGCACUUGGGGAAUGACGACGCCACACAAGGGAAACAAGGCCUUAAAGGUGAAGCGGGAACCGGGCGAAAAUGGCACCAGCCUGACCGACGACGAGCUGGUGAGCAUGUCUGUGCGAGAGCUGAACCAGCACCUCCGCGGCCUGACCAAGGAGGAGAUCCUGCAGCUGAAGCAGCGACGACGCACCUUAAAGAACCGGGGCUACGCCGCCAGCUGCCGGGUCAAGCGCGUCACGCAGAAGGAGGAGCUGGAGAAGCAGAAGGCGCUGCUGCAGCAAGAAGUCAACAAGCUGGCCACCGAGAACGCCAGCAUGAAGGUAGAGCUGGACGCGCUGCGCUCCAAGUACGAGGCGCUGCAGAGCUUCGCCAGGACUGUAGCGCGCAACCCCGUGGCCUCCGUCAUCGGGCCCCUCAUCCCCGGUAAAGUCGCCGCCACCAGCGUCAUCACCAUCGUCAAAUCCAAAACCGAGGCCAGGUCGUAGUAGCGCUAAAUGACCAAAAAUCGGCAAAGCGUCGGAACGUUCUCGUCGGACAACUGGUGCAGCUAUUCUUCACGUUUGGGACGCCGCCUCUCAGCCAGUACAAUCCAAAGUAGAUGAGCUCGUUGGUUUCCAUUGACGGCAAUAGACGUCCAAUACAUACUGUCAAUCUCUGCCAGUUAAUAAUAAAAAAAAACAUUGGACGUCUACCGCCAUCAACGGCAGCCAAUGAGAUAAGAGAUAUUAUUUCAACAAUUCCAAACGGUGUCUUCAGAACAUGUUUGGGACACUUCUUAGUCGGAAUACACCACGGAAGAAGAAUCAUAGCACACUUUAUUCUACACUUCCUACAAAGAUUCCACUUGUCAAUUAGCUCGCAGAUCGGAAAACUUGGGAACGUUUAGCCAAACGUGACGUGUUAGCCGUUCGAAAAAGCGCUGGAAAAUGGCGGCCAAGAUCCGGACGGAACGACCAGCUUUCCGGCAGCGAAUUCGACUGGCGUGACAGCAUUUAGCAGAGUCAUUUCCGAUAGAAUCGGUAGAUGCAAUAAUACGUGUAUGCACUGAAAACAAAAAGGAGAAAAAAUGGAUGUGAUGCAAACCUUGAAUGUUCUUGCCGUUGAAUCAACUUCUUACAGGAAAAUAUGGUGAAGUAUAGGUUGUUUUUGUUUACAGGUGUUUUAAAAAAAAAUGUCACACAAGCUUUACUGUUUUAAAGGUUAAGAUGUGGAGUUCUUUUCGUCUACAUGUGAAUUUCUGCAUGGGUGGAGGAACCUCAAAAGCCCUAAAAACACUAUUUUGGCAACAAAGAUAACUUAUGAGCAUUUUGUCAACCUUAUAACAAAACUCAUUUGCCAGAGUUGCUCCAAAAAUAACUUGUUUUUACGUUGACCGCACUGUAGGGUGACCAUAUUUUGGUUUCCAAAAAAGAGGACACUCAGCCCGGCCUCAAGAUACUUGAAUUUUAUUAAAAGUUCACUCAAAGAUGCCUAUAUCACUUUGAUAUAUUUAAAGUGUGCCCCCUCACUCUGGAUGGAAAAAUGCAGUUUGGAAAAAAAAAAAAUAAUAAUGACUUUAAAAAAUAUAUAUAUAUAUACAAUGCAGAGGUUGCGCUAGACAUUUUCGUUGUCUGUCAUUUUGACUGACAGGGUCAUAAAAAUCCGGUCAUAAUCUAUUUUUACCCAUCACUUAAAUUUUUAAAAUGAUAAUGAUGACAUAUUCAAUAGUAUUUAGUUUUCAUUCAUUUUUAAUUAAUAUUGUAACGCUUGCUUGGCGGCGAAAAAUUAGACACGGAAGUCGUGGUAUUUUUCACCCUCUUUUUACUCUGCUUACCGCCAACAACACCAACAAAACAACAACUCCGCCCCCAAAGAAAAAGAGGCAACUAUAUAGACCCCAAUCACCAACG